AUCCACAGCUCACACUGAUUCUCCUAUUUCUUCUACUACAGUAAUGACUUUCUUCCCAAACAACAUUGCUUUCAUUUCAUAUCUCUUCCUUCUUAUAUUUUCGACUCUUCUUUAUCAUUCUUCAUCAGCUCUUCAUGGCAACAGAGAUUCAAAGCUGUUCCAGCUAAACGUCGUCCACCGGGACAGCCCGUACUCGCCACUCGCUACAGAGAGAAAACUGUCACUGGAACAAAUCCUGAAGAGCGACAAAGUUCGGGUCGACUCAUUAAUUUCAACGACUUACGUCCAUCAGGUCAAAAAUGGAUGAUGUAGGAGGCUCGUCUGAGGUGUCGACCAUUCCUGCCUACUCUGGAUCAUUACUUCGCACUGACAGUUAUGUCAUAACCGUCGGCAUCGGAACUCCGAAAAAAGAUUUCACCGUGAUGUUCGACACCGGUAGCGAUCUGUCAUGGAUUCUCUGCACAACGUGCAUAGAAUGUGAAGCACCCGAGAAACUAUUAUUCGACGCAAUAUAUAGAAUCAUCGACUUACAGCAGCAUCCGGUGCAACUCGGAUCACGAAGGAAGGGCAAUCUCAUUCGAGACACACUUACUUUAACACCUUCCGCCGUGUUACCGAACUUUGUGUUCGGCUGCAGCGAUGGCGACAUCGGGGGCGACUUGACCACUGGCUUGAUCGGCCUAGGCCGUGGAAAGGCCUCGCUGUUCUCACAAGCAUCAGAAAAAUUCGGCAAGAUCUUUUCCUACUGCCUUCCUUCGUCGCCAAACUCCAUGGGCUACCUGGCCAUCGGUCGCACGGGCUUGCCGCCGCAUGUAAUGUACACACCAAUGCUAACGACGCCAACCUGGCCAUCAUUAUACUUCGUCGGACUAGCUGCAAUCAAAGUCGCCGACAAGACGCUUCCUCUGCCACCGACUGUCUACUCGAGGACGGUCAUCGACUCCGGUACUGUAAUCACGAGACUCCCGCCGAUGGCCUACUCCACCCUCCGCUCAGAGUUUCGCAAGUACAUGACAGACUACACGCCGGUGCCGCCAAUGUUUGACCUGGACGCGUGCGACGACGUGAGUCGCCACGAGAAUCUGAAAGUGCCGACGGUCGAGCUGCUGUUCGAUGACGGCGCAAGCCUUACUUUGGACUUCGACGGGACGAUGAUCAUGAAGGACGAUUACAAGGCUUGUCUGGCUUUCGCAGUUAAUAAUGAUACUGGCAUAAACAUAAUCGGAAAUAACCAACAAAAGAAGUACACGGUGGUGUACGAUGUAGCCAAUGCAAAGAUUGGGGUUGGCGCCGGAGGUUGUGAUUAAUUAUUAAAUAAUUCAGCAUAUUAAUUAGGUGUUCCGAAUCUUAUCUAUUAAGAAGCUGGCUAGGCUAAUUAUGACGGUAAGAAAUAGAAUGCGAGGCCAAUUGUUUGAUCACAGGAUUAGUCAAGCAUGUGUGCUUGGCUUAGUUAAUUAUAUAUCAAAGCGAUGUGGCUUAAUUAGUUAAUUGUAUAUCGAAUUGAGUAGUGUGUGUGUGUGUGUGUGUGUGUGUGUGUGUAGAGAGAGAGAUUAAUUUUCUGCAUGACUUCUGAAAUUAAUUA